ACUCGCAGGAAACUCCUCCCUGUUGACAACACGCCGCUCUCACAGCGCAAUGGUCUCCUGGAUUAUUUCUAGGCUUGUGGUGCUGAUAUUUGGUACCCUUUACCCAGCAUACUCCUCAUACAAAGCUGUUAAAUCGAAAGAUGUGAGAGAAUAUGUAAAAUGGAUGAUGUACUGGAUAAUAUUUGCACUUUUUACAACAGUGGAGGUGAUUACUGAUAUCUUUUUGUGCUGGCUCCCAUUCUACUAUGAGCUCAAAAUCGCCUUUGUGGUUUGGUUACUUUCCCCGUACACAAAGGGAUCCAGUGUGCUGUAUAGAAAAUUUGUCCACCCCACACUGUCCUCCAAGGAGAAGGACAUUGAUGAAUAUCUUUGCCAAGCAAAAGAUAAAAGCUACGACACCCUGAUGCAUUUUGGAAGGAAAGGCCUGAAUGUGGCGGCAACAGCUGCAGUAAUGGCUGCCACUAAGGGCCAGGGCGUUCUGUCCGAGCGGCUCCGCAGUUUCAGCAUGCAGGAUCUGUCAUCAUUCCAGGCUGAGGGCCAGACAAACAGCACUAGCUCUGUAACCACUCAACCUGCAGCCGCACAGCACAGAACACGAACCAUGAUGCGCAGCAAAUCAGAGACUGGUUACAGCAAAGGCCAUGACUUUGACAUGACUGAAUAUGAGCUGUUGAACUUGGAGCAAUCUAAGGAGCCUCCCAUCCCGCCAACCCCCACACCCGUCCUGACACCAUCACAGCCCAAUUUGCCUCAAACUGAGCAUGUGACUCCACUAUCCUACCCUGCCGAGUCCCAGGAUCAAACCUCACCGCCAACCGUAGUCUCAGAGGAGCCUCAGGAGAAGGAGGACUUUAUCUCAUCUUCACCGCAGUUCAGAUUUAAGAGACGCGCCCCUGAGCCUCCUCCUAGACCUCUAAGACCUUUCACACGAUCCAGAUCCAAGAACGCCCACUCUUCAGACACUGAAGCCAUGUGACUGUGUGUAUAUGCUCCCCGAGUGCUUUAGCCGUCUCACCUGCAACAUGAGGAGACGCAACAAGAGAAGGCAAUGAAAAAAAAGAGGAAUGCAGCCAAAAUGUUCAAAUAUUCAAAAGCAGCCUUGCUCUGUAAUGAGGUAACCAAAGCGAUGCGCUACCUUUCGCUUCUGAUCUUUGACACUCAAGGGGAGGGAAUCCAUUUUGGGUAACGCUGCUGCUCUGAGACUUUGGGGUUGUUUUGUACAUAUUUAUUAUAUGUUUGAUCGUAGGCUGGUAUGAUUUUGGGAGAAACAAGCGCAUGCGUGUCCUUCUGGUUUUUGAGGUUGCCUCCAACCAGAAUCACUUCUUCUUUGUGAACAUGCUUCAUUUUUAGGGGGAGUGCAUUCAUUUUUGUUUGAGUAAACUCCCUUGAAGGGACAGAUCACCCCCCCUCUAAAAAAACAACAACUCACUAUUUACUCCAAACCUUUAUGAGUUUUUUAUUUCUGUUAAACAAAAAAGAAGAUAUUUUGAAGAAUGUUGGAAAUCAUUAGGAUUGGGUAUCGAGAACCGGUUACAUUUUCAAAUCAUUUCAAAUUUUCAGAAAACCAGGGAUUCAAUAUGAUGCAUAGAUUUUGAUUCAGUUUGUCAAUUCUUUUGUCAUUCUUGCAAAUCGAACACCAUUGAGCAUUUUUAUCUAUCUUCCAGGACCUGCGUCAAGGACCCUACCUCAUUACGCACUAAGGGCUCUAUUUUAACAAUCUAAGCGCAAUUAAGUCUAAAGCACAUGGUGCAAUAGCAUGCAUGUCCAAAUAAACUUUCGCUAUUUUAAGGAUGGAAAAAUGUUGUCUUCAUUCUGGCGCAUGGUUUAACAGGGUUGUUUUAAUUCUCUUAAUGGGUUAUGGGUGUGUUUUGAGCAUAACUUGCAUUAAACCAAUCAGAGUCUCAUCUCCCAUUCCUUUUAAGAGUCAGUUGCGUCGUGCCGUGGCGCAUUUGCUAUUUACAUGGCGGACUUGAACACUGAAAAACUGAACACUUCACUAGCGAGAAAACAGUUAAACAGACCAUCUGCAGCGAGAGGAUGAAGAAUGAGCCUCCUCAAUUCAGCCUCUUUACUUUCUCUUUACUUUACUUUUACUCUUUACUUUACUCCUUUACCUUCGUGGAUAAGGAGACGGUGUUGUACGCAUUCCACUUAAGACAUCCAUUAGCCUACAUAUUUAAUUUUGUUUGUUAAGUGCAAUGAUUUGUUUCAAACCUAUUUCUAAAUUCAGUUCUGAUUUCCAGCAAAUGAAUAAAUGAACAAUAAUAACGAAGUGUGGUAAAAAUCCAAACACACGUCCUAUUCCUAUGCCCUAUAUGGCGGCGCAUACGUCUCCAAAACCCGACAGGUGGACAAAUCUAAACUUGUUUUUAUUAAAACAAAUAUAAAUUUGCAUAUAAUAAAUAUUACUGCUAAUAAUAAUAACGUUAUACAAAUUCAGAUUGUCAUGAAUAAACUAAAAAAAUGUGAAAAUAACACUUGCACCAAAGCAAAAAGCAUCAAAUCACAGCACACAUGCCUUGCGCCUUAUUGUGCCGGGUGUAUGAUAGGGCCCUAGGACUGACAGUAACAAGCAUUGACAAAUGCAAUACAUGUGACAAAGAUACUUUGUGCAAUAGAGGAAGUACCUCUAAUAUGAUGAAACACAAUCAGGUACAAAACUCAGACCAAAAACAGACUAGGGCUGCACAAUUUUUUCAGCAUCGAUAUCGCAAUGUGCACAUGCGCAAUAGUCACAUCGCAAAGAUAUGCAAUGUCCAGUCAAAGUUAUAGUUGAUCAGGAGACACAGAAUUGUAUUAAAUCACUGCAUUUAUACAGAAUUUAUAUGAUUUAUGCCAAAAAAAUCUUACUUAGGAUUUUUGUCUUGUUUCUAGUUCAAAUAUCUGCAUUUCAAGGGAAAAACAAGAUUAAUUCAUAUCUGCAUUUCAAGGCAAAAACAAGAUUAAUUCACUUAUCCCACUGGCAGAUAAUUUUGCUUGUUUUAAGGAAAACCUCUUAAUUUUGAUUCUUUCUUCUGAAUGUGAAAACCGUCACAUAGUGCUAUUCAAACCAUAUUGGGAAACUGUAUUCAUAUGGCAAUAUUUAUCACAGAAAAAUAAAAUAUUUUUUUCAAUUCGUGCAGCCCUAAAACAGUCAUCUUCGAAUUUAUGCCACAUAAAUCUGGAUAAAGUGACUAUAAAUUUUGUUUGUUUUAAGUAUUGAGCCUGUUAUUUAUUUCAUUAUUUGACAAGUUUUUACAGUUAACAGUUACAGCCUACUGAUUAGACUAAAUGUCGCAAGAAUAAAAGAUAAAAACAUUUUUCUUUAAGUAAUCGUAAUUGAGAAUCGUCAUGAACCGAUUCAAUAAGCGAAAUCAAAAUAACUAAUAUUAAAGCGGUACACAAUCCUAAAAACCACUGGCAUCCAUAGUAGGAAAAACAAAUAGUAUGUAUUUCAGUGGUUACCGGUUUCCAACAUUUUUCAAAAUAUUUUCUUUUAUUCUGCAUAGACAGGAUUGUAGGGUGAGUAAAUGGUGAAAGAAUAUUUAUUUCAGGGUGAACUAUCCCUUUAAAAACUACUGAGUAGCAAGGUGUUUCUGAAUACGUCUUUGUUAGAAUUAUAGUGAAAGUGUAUUGCACUGAAAUGGUUGUUGUGUAUGAGUGCUAACAUAACGUUUAAUUCAUGAUUUAUUAUGUGUCCAUGUAAAGGAAGGACUUUUAAUGCAAGUUUGUAGAUUAACCAAAUAAGGGUAUUGAUUACAAUGCCUGAUUUGUAGAUGGACAAAGUGCAAUGGAUUUAAAAAUUUUGCUAAACGUUCAAUAUUUGAUUCAUAAACUCAUGCUGUAACUUCAUAUAUAAAGUUAUGAAAUAACCAUCCGGUUAAAAAUGCACUAAAAACUAGACAGAAAAAAGUUGAUGUUUCUUAAUUCACUCGUUAAUAUUUCUUCAUCACUUUAAUUAUUAAGCAUGUACAGUAUUUUUGAUCAUUUAGAAAUCCUUUAAACUUAAAGUCCACGUGAAUCGGAAGUUGCUGAGACUUUUAUUUCAGAAUGAUGAUGCAUUUCUAUUUAAAAUGGAAUAUUGAUUAGGGGCGGGGCUUUAUUUUAACGCUCCUCCUCUCAUCUUUUACUCACAGAAAACUAAAGGGCGUGGCUUAGCAUAUGACACCCAAACCAUCAGUGACAUCAUCACAGACAGAGCUAGUGUUUCAGAGCGGAAGCAAAUGCGCAGAUUUUGAUUAAAGAUUAUCAAAACACUCAUUUGUUUUCAUCAGAUUAACUUGCACAGAUGAAUUGUUCACUUUAAGACUAACAUGCGAUGACAAAAUAAACAUUCUAAAUUUUGAUUUCAUGCGGACUUUAAGUAUAUCCAACAUGUUUUCUGUUUGUUUCUCAGCCUGCUUCUUGAAUCUCUUCAUUUGCUUGACGUUGCAUGUAUUCACGUCGACAGUUUGAAUGUGUCACAGUUUUUGGCCUCUACUUUCUGAGCGUGUUCAGUAUUAAAGUACCUUAUCAGAGUUAGCGCUGCUGAUUCGAUAAAACAUAAAGCGGGUCCUUCACUCACUGUAGGAGUUUUACUUUUGUAGCGUUCACAAGUAAGUAAUAUGUGGGAGAAACAUGUCUGUAACACUGUGCGAUUAUUACACUAGCAUGUGUCACUGCGUAAUUCACAGUCUGUGUUUAGCAUUCCUGAUCACAGUGGAGAGGAUUGCAGAGCUGUAUUUCUCUCUGGCAGGGGAGUCUUUUAUCAACUAUAAGGGAUUGCGCUGGAUCGAAGAACAUUCUGUCCACCUUUGUAUCUUUUUAGCGUGGAAGUGGGUUUUUUUUUUUCGAUGAAUUUGUGAGACUUCAUUAGCUGCUGUAGUAAAUGGAAAGUUAACAAGUGCAAAAGGUGGUAAAGGGGUGAUUCCUGGUAUUCUGUGCCUUUUGCACAUCAUAACACAAAUUCAGAUGCAAUUUUUUAAUAAAUGAAAAUUAAUUUAAGUAAUUAUUAGUCAAUGAGAAGGAGGGCCAAACAUGUCCACUAGGGCUCCACAAUAUUGGAAAAAUCUGACAUUGGAAUAUUUCAUUUUUCUGCGAUAUUGGUUGCAAUAUUAAUACAGUUUCAGCAGAUGGCUUGAAUAGCUGUAUCUGAAAUGAAAUCAUUAAUUUAGAUCAGCUGGGAAAAUUUUGUAGCAUAGUGAUGAUCAAAGAUACAAGUGUAAUAAGCAGUGCUUUAUGGUUUUCUGGAGAGCAAAAAACUAGUCAGACAUUUAGGUACAGUAACUGAAUAAUCAAAUGUAAUGUAAAAUAACACUAUAAAGUCUUCACUGCUGAUCAACUAUAAUCCCAACCUAACAUUGCAGAUCCUGCGAUGCGACUAUUGCAAAUGCACACAUUGUGAUACCAAUGCUGAAGCUAUAAAUUGUGCAGCCCUAUUGUCCACCCUGUUGGAGAAAAAAUUAUGAUUUUUUUGUUAAAUUUUUUUUUAGAUCAAAUUCAUGAAAGAUUAUUAAGUAUUACAUUAUUGAAUCAAUAACAGUAAACAUUUCAUAUUUAUAUGCUGACUUUGUGAAUUUAUUGCAAAAAAAGCAUAAGAAUAACAAGUGCAAAAAGAUGGUAAAGGCAUUCAGAAAAUUUAUAAAAAAUAAAAUAAAAUAGUUCAUUUUACCCUAAAGUCAGGUUUUACAUUUUUUCUUGCAAAAAGUUAACAGAAAAAGUCUGUCAAAAAAAAAAUUAUACUUAAUUUCUAAAAAAAUAAAUUUCUAUUUCUUUUUUCUACAUAACAGGUUGGAUAUUGUGCCUGACCACAUCAGAUUGAACAUUUAAAUAAAGUAGAAACAGACAACGCUGUUUGAACAACAAUUUGAGGGACAAGCUAAAUAACAGAUGAUUUUUCAGAUUACUUUAAAGGUCACAUGAAAUUAAAAUAAAGCAACAGACUGAAACUAACAUAUAAAAAAUGUAAGGAUUUCUAUAAGCUAGUGUGCUCUAAAACAGUGACAAAAGUUGUGUUCAGAAAAUGUAAAACUGAUACAAACAUAAAGCUUGCAGUUGGUCACUUGUGCCGAAAUCGAUCAACAAUUUAUUUCACAUCACCUCAUACUUCAGUUUCUUUUCAAAUCUUGACCAAUCAAAUGCUCUCUAGUAUCUGACAUGCCCCGCCCCCUUCUCAUUUGCCUUUUAUUUGAUGCUCUUGAUAUCAACCCCUCUGACAGAACGGUGAUAAAAACAAAGAUGUUCUGCUUCUCUAUGUCCCACCCAAAGCACUUCACGGGACCUUUAAUAAUGAAUAAUAUACUGUAUGUACACCCACAUUACAGAGAGCUAUGAAUGAAAAACCAAGCAAAAGUCAUCCAUAUUAAGUAGUAUUCAUUACCAAAAUGAAGAUAAAUGUGUCAUUUGGUGGUUUAAGAUGCUGUUAAAAAAAUCUUCAACAUGCUUACAGUUUUAAAGCAGUUUUUUAUGCCAAAGACAACUUUAAAGGCAGUAAUAAUAUCAUAAUCUUUAAGGCUGAUUUAUACUUCUGCAUCAAGUGCACACGUAUGGUCUGGCACCGUGGCUGAUGCCGAAGCUAAAGCGCACCUCUCAAAAAAUUUAAAACCACACCGUAACUAUGCAUAGUGCAACCUGUGAUUGGUGGGCUUGGUGGCAGUGAUGUGUGUGUGGGCGGUGCUGAAAGCCGCGAGCCCAAUGGAGCAAGUGUUUAUAAGUCCAGCGAGGGAGCUCCAGAUGGUUGUUUUGUGUUUACCUUAUGAUUAAAGUUGUUUCACAACCGCCAGUUGAACGAGUUUUAGCUACUUGUACAUCAAGGUAGCGUUCAGAAAAAACUAAACACCUGCGAAGAAACUCCACACAGAGGAACAUAAAAACCUGCUGCCAGCUAACGUUUUGGAAGCGUUAAUGCAGAGCAGCACAAACAGCACACAGAAGUAUAAAUGCACAACUAUGUGCAAGGCAGGUGCCGUGUGUCACGCAGAUCACUCUACACAGAAGUAUAAAUCAGCCUUUACUGAUGACACAAAAGGCAGCAAAUCCCAGGAAUGACAACUUUUUGCACUAACGUUAUAUGAAAUAAUUGGUGAUGUCAAGCAGCAUAACUGACAGUUCAGUUAAAAUAACUGGUUUAUAUUAACAGAUAUCUGGAAGUUGCACACAUUCAGCUUAAAAAUGUCCACACGUGUUGUGUUAAAUUAAAAUAAGGUCAGUGUUUAGAAAGGGUUUCACAUACUGUACUGUGAGAACGAUGACAAUCCUAAUCUCAUAAACUUGCUGUCAAAAGAAAUAAUAUGUAUUUAAGAUCUUAUAUAUCACACUUCACUGACAAAACGUCUGCCUCAGGAACAGUUUUUGUCAUUUAAUCACAAUUAAUGAAAUAUCUACAAUGUGAACUUGGAAAAAAAAAAUGAAUCAAACUAGUGAUAGUAAAAAUCGAUUUGUUUUUUGGCUGGCUGGAGAUUUUUCCAGACUUUUUUCCUUGUUUUCGGUGUUUACAGCUAGAUCAAAUCUCAGCAUUUUCUCUUCGUGAAUCAAGUAUGAUUUUCAAGUGCUCUGUGUGGAACCAUCUUUGGCCUUUUACAGAAUAUUAAACAGCUGACUGUUGUUUCUUAGAAUAUUCAGGUCAUUAAAGGCACAACCUUUAAAAUUACAUUAUACACCAUGUAAAAACCGAGCCAUUGGAUUUCUUAUAAUUUGGUGGGAAAAUAAGACUGAAGCUAUAACCUUAGCCCAUUUUAAAGGUCCUGUGAAAUUGAAAUAAAGCUUUUAAGAUGUUAGUAUCGGUUUAAGGAUACCUAUUAGCUAGUGUGCUCCAAAACAGUGACUAAAUUCGCGUUAGAAGAUACAAACCUGAUAUAGACAUCCAAAACUUGUAGUUUUUUGUAGUUUGCCACCUCUGCCUAAAUAUAUCAAAGUUUUUUUUACUUUAGUAUCGCUUCAAAUCUUGAUCAAUCAAAUGCUCUCUAGUAUCUGACAUGCCCCGCUCUCUUCAAGACGCUUCUCAUUUGCAUUUCAUUUGAUGCACUUGAGCUUAACCACUCGCUGGCAGAGCUGAUAAAAUGUAACGCUAUUGGCUGUUUUUUUUUUUUAAAAAGGGGAUGAGCUAUGCUAUUUCCCCUCCCUCGCUUCAUGUUUCAUUAGAGUUGAGGUUAAACAUCGGAUAAAAAUGCACCUUUAAUAUUAACAAAAACAUGAAUCUCGUCAACUCAGCAGUUUUCAUAUCUGGAAGUCACACAUUAUAGACAUGGAAAAUGUUCUUAAAUUCAGGGACUUAAGAAGAGGCUGUGCCUUUAAAGACAAUAUAAAAUCCCAGCUGUCUGUUAAAAACAUUUGAAAUAGGGUGUAUCUUUGAGUUGUUUGUGCCUGGUUUGUCUUUUCACUGUAUUCUUUACAGCUUGCAGCAUCUUCAUAGAAAAGUAUUUCCUUGUCCAUCAGCUGUCGUGUCUGUCUGGCAGGCCAGAAUAGCAUCGUUCAGAGUUCUUUAUCAAUAAAUCUUGAGUGAAAAAGACAGAAGUUGAUGUAAAAGAGUGAAAUCUCUGUUGAAAAACCUCAAAAUGUAUAUUGGCAUUCAGCAAUUAAAAAGGUGAAUGUGAAAA